AGACUCCAUUGUAUGAGUGGGUAGGCUGCACCGGGCCAUUGUGAGCGACUUGGAGGGAGCCAGUGGACGCUUUGUUGCUCCUGUAAAUGGAAGAAAAUUCUGAGUUGCGUUACUUUAGGAUAUGAGACCUUAAUUCAGAAGUCCAGAAGACAGUAGGAUCUCUUGACAGUGCAUCUGGCUACUCACUAUGAGGUUAGGAAAGCCUAAAGGGGGUAUUUCUAGAAACUCAACCCAAGGAAAAACGUAUGAGAGCAAGCGCAAGACGGCCCGCCAGCGACAGAAAUGGGGCGUGGCCAUUCGCUUCGACUCAGGCUUAAGUAGACGGAGAAGGAACGUGGAUGAAAAGCCUUACAAAUGUACUAAAUGUUCUAAGAGUUUCAGUCAGAGCUCCACUCUUUUUCAGCAUAAGAAGAUCCAUACUGGGAAGAAAUCCCAUAAAUGUGCGGAUUGUGGGAAAAGUUUCUUUCAGAGUUCUAACCUCAUUCAGCAUCGUCGGAUCCACACCGGGGAGAAGCCCUAUAAGUGUGACGAGUGCGGAGAGAGGUUUAAACAGAGCUCCAAUCUCAUCCAGCACCAGCGGAUUCACACUGGGGAGAAGCCCUAUUGCUGCGAUGAGUGUGGCCGGUGCUUUAGCCAGAGUUCCCACCUCAUUCAGCACCAGAGAACACACACCGGAGAGAAGCCCUACCAGUGUGAGGAGUGCGACAAGUGCUUCAGCCAGAGCUCCCAUCUGAGGCAGCACAUGAAGGUGCACAAAGAAAAGAAGCCACACAAAAGGGGUAAAAAUGCCAGGGCCAAAACUCACCCGGUGUCCUGGAAAAGGGGUAAAGGAAGGAAGGCGGUGGCUGGGCUCCGCCAGGUAAAGGGAGCCACUUCUGGCCUGUUUAAAAAGAAAAAGUGAAAGGUAGAGGUGAAAGCCAGUCCUAGGAGGGAGGAUGCUUUCCAGAAGAGCACUUAGAUACUGGUCCUCCCUAGCGUGGAUACCUCAGGAGUUUCCUGACAGUAGGAUGAAACUCUGGGUCUAGCUGCCCUCAUUUCCUUUAAAAAAUAAAUAAAUUUUGUGACAUGGAGCAGACAAAACUGAAAAAAAUAGUUUGGUAAGAAUUUAAUCUCCUUAGCCUCAGUUGAAAUUUCUUCCCUAUGUUUUGAUUAAAAAAAUCAUGUUUUUGUGAUUACUCUUGUUUUUAGGAAUUUCUGUAUACAAAAUCACUAAAGAAAGAAGGAAUGAGUUUUCAAGUUCUAGGACUGACUAUAUUUUAUGUUUUUAAUGUUUUGUAGUUUAUUAACCAUUAGUAUCAGCGUUGACUCAGUAUUUGACAUAAUAAAAUGCAUUCAAGUUCAUAGAUUUUGUCUUUUUUAUUAGUGUAUAUUGUAUGAAGUAAUGAGUUUCGUUUUCUUUGAUGUGUACGAUGUAUCUGUAUGAUGUACUUGGAUUGUAUCCAUCCCUGUUAUCCUCGCCUCCACCUCCUGGUUCUCUUUUCCUCCCCUGAGAGUUCCCUUCCCACUUAAAAUGUUGACCCGAGACUCUGAGUGACAGAAAAUGUAUUUGGUUAUUUUUCUUCAUCUGUUUUACUAUGCUUACCAGAAUGUUCUCCAGGAGUUUGACUUUUUUUUUUUUUUUUUACUAACAAUAGUUUAUUGUAGUGUUUGAGGCUUUAAUGACAACUCAUUUUGUUUGUUUCUUUCCUUCUACUAUGUUAGUAAAGAGGUGAAAAGUCUUUAUAUGGCUUUUCUUUUGUUUAUGUUUACCACAUUCUUAGAGAUUUAAAAGAAUCCAAAGUGAGAAACUGCAGACCUCCUCCUACCACCACUCCUUGUGGUGCUGAUGCUGUUACUGCUCUGCUACUUGCUGUCUUGAAAUGGGAGUGGGUUUAUGUUGAGUGAUGCCAGUGGCCUCUUGGCAUUCCUUUGUUCUCUUGAGAACAGCGCCUGCAUGAAUAUGUUACCAAGAAAGCCUCAACUUCUAGCUAAAGAACUACAAUGUCAUAGACUGAGCUUUGAAUACCACUGACUGUCUGAAACAGAUGUUUGUCUACAAGUUACUGGCCAGCACACUGUAGCCCUGUUAGAACUUAACAAUUUUUACUUUAUUGCAGUUGUUUAACAAGACUAACAUAUCCUUCUUCCAAUGCCAAGCAUACGUUCCUGAUCAACCUUCUGUUCAAGUUUUUGUUUAUUGAAUGCUAAUGUUUUCUGAUUUUUAUAAUAUCAGUUCUUCCUGUGUUAAUGAUAAUUAUCCCUGAAAAUAAAGAUUGAGAUAUUUUCGCAUA